AUGGUGGGAGUGAAACAGGAUGAUGCUAUUGCAGAGGAUGAGGGUCACGCUGCAGUGUUGUUCCCUUACUGGGCCUACAAGCCGUCCUGGUCUCUGGGUUCCAGGCAGGUCCAGCUGUGGCACUUCCUGUUAGAGUUGCUGGGCCGUGGCGAGGGCGCGGCCAUCGGCUGGGGAGGUGAGUGGGGCGAGUUUGUCAUCCGCGACCCCGAGAUGCUGGCCAGGCUGUGGGGAGAGAGGAAGGGUAAGCCCCACAUGAACUACGACAAGCUAAGUCGGGCGCUCAGAUAUUACUACAACAAGCGAAUUCUGCACAAGACCAAAGGCAAAAGAUUCACGUACAAGUUCAACUUGAGCAAACUCAUCCUGGUCAACUAUUCGGCUCACCUGCCUCCGUCCUGUCAUCAGGUUUAUCACCAGCUCAUCUCACGCACCUGA